GUAUCGUUGGAGUUUACAAGAGAUGACUUCCCUUCUGAUUUCAUCUUCGGCUCUGGCACAUCUGCUUACCAGGUUGAGGGGGCAGCUUCCGAGGAUGGAAGGACUCCGAGCAUAUUUGAUACGUUUGCAUUAACUGUUGUAGGUAGAAGCGGUGGAUUUACUGGGGAAGUGGCUUGUGAUGAAUACCACAAAUACAAGGAAGACGUUCAAUUGAUGGUCGACUUAGGAUUAGAUGCAUACAGAUUCUCCAUCUCAUGGUCAAGAGUGAUCCCAAAUGGAAGAGGGUCUAUCAAUCAAAAAGGGGUAGAAUAUUACAAUAAUCUAAUCAACGAAUUAACCAGUAACGGAAUUCAACCACAUGCAACUUUGGUACAUUGGGAUCACCCACAAGCACUUCAGGAUGCUUAUGGAGGGUGGAUUAAUCAACAAAUUGUGAGAGACUUCACAACUUUUGCAGAUGUAUGUUUUAAAGAAUUUGGUGAUAGAGUUUUAUACUGGACAACAAUCAAUGAGCCAAAUUUCCUUGCACCAUUUUUUUACAAUUCAUCCCAAUAUAUUGCUGCUCACCAUCUUUUGUUAGGGCAUGCAUCAGUGGUAAAUCUAUACAGAGAAAAGUAUCAGGCAACGCAAAAUGGAUCUAUUGGGUUAAAUGUGUAUACAAGCUGGUUUAUCCCUGAAAAAUCUACUCAAGAAGAUCUGGACGCAACUGAAAGAGUUGCUAAUUUUCAUAUUGGUUGGUUUGUUCAUCCUUUAAUUUUUGGAGAUUAUCCUGAUAUAAUGAAGCAAUCUUUGGGAAGGCGUCUUCCAUCAUUUACCGAGCAUGAAACCAAGCUAAUGAAUGGCUCAUUUGACUUCAUUGGAGUAAAUUGUUAUACUGCCUCAGUAGUCACGGAUGAUCCUGGUAAAGAUGGCAUAGCAGCAAAUUACACUGCUAAAGAUGUUGGAGGAGUGUUUGUGCAAGGCGUAUUGGAAUAUUUCAAAAGAGUUUAUGGAAACCCUCCAAUCUAUAUACAUGAAAAUGGUUUUCGGACAUUUCGUAAUGCAUCAUUAGAUGACACAUCAAGAAUUCAUUAUUUAAAUGCUUCUAUGGGAAGUUUGCUUGCUGCUACAAGGAAUGGAUCAAAUGUAAGAGGAUAUUUUCAGUGGUCGUUCUUGGAUGUGUUCGAGACAGAUGGAGGCUACACAUAUGGUUUUGGCUUUUACUAUGUCGACUUCAAUAAUCAGGAUUUGGAAAGAAGCCCUAAACGCUCAGCACAUUGGUACUCUACAUUCCUCAAAGGACAAAGAUCUAGGCACAAUGGAAUUAUUCACCAAAUGAACAACUCAACUUUUAUGUCUUAG